AUGGACUGCUCGCUGACGUCGUGUACCCAUCCGGAUCAUUCUCUCGUUGACGCGAAUGAGGGGAAUAAGGAACAGAAGCAAGAGCAGCAACGGGCCCCGGCUGUUGCUCACAGCGUCGACAGUCUGCCACCCGUUCGUCUCCUCGGCGUUCGUAUGAUGGAUUCGUUGGAAUCGGCUCGUCGUGCCCGUUCUCUGGAUGGGCUGCCCGCCCAGAAGAUGACCACCCCCGUCGGCACGUCCAAUGGCCGCCGCGUGACGACGACCUCGUCGGCGAAGACGCUGCGCGUGGCGAGCAUGGAGAAUCAUUGGGCGGAUGAGGAUGGGACCCCCAUGGCGAAGCGUCCCCGCCUCGCUUCUUCUCUGUUCCGUGAUUCUCCUGUUGAUGAUGAUCAAUCGAUGGCUUCAUCAACUGGCCGUGGUGGUGGCAGUCGUCGCAAUGGAGGAUUCCGAAUUCUUCGCCAAGCAUCGUCCAUCCUUCAACAGCACAGGGGAAGCAACAGUGCUCUCAGCGCGGCUACCAACUCGACGUGGUGGUCGAAAGAAGCCACCGGUGAGGCGUCAACGACGGCCGACUUGUCGAGCCCGGUCUCAUCUCCUUGGGGCGUCUCCCCGAACGUGUUCCAGUUGAUGACUGCCGGCCCAUCGGCUUCUCUCUCCGUUGCCAACGAUUUCCUCAUCGACUCGCCGUUGAGCAACGCCAAGCCGCCCGCCGUCCCCAUCGACAUCAACGAGUGCAAGUGUCCGGGUUGUGUUCAGGCCAGGCUGAUGCUGGCUGCGUGCGCUUCGCGUCGCUUGGUGGCGGCCGCCCUGAACGAGGGCAAGAAGGAUGAGAAGGAGGACGAGGACGGCGUGGAGGAGAAUGAAGAGGAUGAGGAGGGCGAAACCGACGAGGGCGAGGAGGAGGAGCAGCACGAGGAGGAUGACGACGACGGCGAGGAGCCCAAGCUCGCCCCGCCGAUCCCGUUGGCCCCGACGACGUCGUUGGAGAGCAACGGCGACGAGGACAAGAAAGACGACGACGAGGACGAGGAGGAGGAGGGCGAGCAGCCGGGCCCGUGCAUCUGCUGCCCCACCCGUGAUACCUUGUGU